AUGGCAAUGAAUGAGAAUGGUUACACUGAACCUCUCCAAGCUCAAACUCAAACAUGGAAACAUAUCUACAACUUCGUAAGCUCUUCAGCAGCAAAAUGUGCAGUUCAACUAGGCAUUUCCGAUGUCCUAUACAAACAUGGUAAGUCAAUGUGUCUUUCCGACCUCUCUGCUGCCCUUCCCCUCAACCCUUCCAAAAUCUCCUUCAUGCCAAUUCUCAUGCGCUCUUUAGUUCAUUCUGGUUUCCUAAAUGAACAUAAAGAUUACUAUUCUCUUACCCCAGCUAGUCGCCUUUUUUUUGAAAAUGAUUUCCCCACUGCUUUUCAUAAUGCUCAUAAUGGGAAAUCUUUUUGGUACUAUUUCGCGGAUGAGCCAAGAGGGUUGACAUCGUUGGUGGAUGUUGGAGGUGGCACUGGCACUUUGGCAAUUGCCAUAGCCAAAGCUUUUCCUGCCAUAAAGUGCUCUGUACUUGAUCUCCCUCAUGUUAUAGGUGAUCUCAAGGGAAGUGGGAACUUGGAAUCCCCACCGCAGACCGCUCAAGAAGGAUCGUGGCCGCACAGGCUUCCUGAAGACCUGCGGAUCAUUGCCCCAUGUGGACCGCACCUGGCCGACCGCGGCCGCACAGCAUUCACCGCGGACCNGGCCGCGCUAAAGGGUUGA